AUGUCCGACCAGCAGACCCAGUCCUACCAUGCAGAGGCCUACAAGUCUCUUGUGAAAAACCUGAAGGAGGUGGAUCUGAGGAGCUCCAGUGUCCCCUGUGACCUGGAGCUGACAGGAGAAAAAGCCUUUCCUGUAUUGAUGAACAGUGAGGGUCAUGUCCUCAUGGCUGCUUCUCUGUACGGCCGAGGAAGAAUUGUGGUUCUGGGCCAUGAGCAGUACCUGACUCUGUGUCCUGCUCUGGUAGAAAAUGCUCUGAUCUGGCUGGGAGGAGGGAAAUCUGAAAACUUGUCUGUGGGGGUGCACAAAAAACUAAAGGCAGUCGCUGAUAACCUCAGUAAAUCCAACUUCCAAGUUAGUCUUGUUGAGGGUUUCAGUGAAAAUCUGGGAGUUAAUGUGUUUGUAUCAGAUGCCUACGAAGUUGGAGCAAGUGCAGGAGAUCUGGUAGCCUUCAUGAAAGCAGGAGGAGGGGUCCUGAUAGGGGGACAAGCAUGGAACUGGACUGCACAAAACCCCAAUGAAAACCUAAUCCUUCAGUUUCCAGGGAAUAAAGUGUCAGGGGUGGCAGGGAUCUACUUUUCUGCACAAUAUGCAAAAGGAGAAAACCUGCCCAUCAGCCCUGAAAUCCCAAACUCUUGGAAAUCCUUACACAGUACAAUGACUUUUAAAAGAGAUCUGGAGUUUUUGCUGAAAGGGAUUUCAGAGUUUGACAUUCAGGGAGAUGCAGUUCCCUCUGAGGCUCUGAUCCACGGUCCUCUUGCUUUCCCCAUCUGUACCACAAAUGAUGGACAAGCUUUCCUGGCAGGAACCUACUAUGGAAGAGGACGAGUAAUUCUGGUGACACAUGAAAGUUUUAUAGCAUCUGAGAAAAUGGCGUCAUUUUGGAACAACUCGUUUCAUUGGCUGGACCAAAACAGGAAGGGAGUCAUUGGAUUUUGUCCUGAGAUCGAAAUUUUACCCAACCUAGGGUUACAGUGUGAGACGACAACAAUCAGGCAGGACCUGAGUGUUUAUGUGUGCACAGUAUGGAAUGAAGAAGAUCCUGAGAAAAUCCAAAACUUUGUGGCAGAAGGAGGAGGUCUGCUGAUUGGUGGACAUGCCUGGUGGUGGGAAUACCAACACCCAGGGCAAAACCCAUUGCAAGACUUCUCAGGAAACAAGAUCUUAAACAAAAUGGGCUUGAGUGUGUUGAAGGAAACCGUUAGUGCGGGUGUUUACAAAGCUCCUGAUCCAAGUCAGAUUAACCAUUCCCACUUCCUUCAUCUUCUGUAUCGCUUUGCUGCUCAUGUUUAUGAGGGCAGAGAACUCACCAAGCAAGAUGAGGAGCUCUUAAUAAAACUGGGGACGGAGUGUGCCGACUUCUUGAGCAUGAAGGCUUAUGACAGCUUCUCAUAUACACAGAUUCUGUCUAUCCUCACCGACAUCUUGAAGUUACACAUGCCACAGGUAAAUGAGCAGAAUCCUGUAAGGAGCGCGCAGGACCGUAUGCUUCUCAUGCUGGCGACAGAAGUAUUUAAUGUUUCCCUCAGCAAGGAUACCCUCCUGCCCUUUCUCAUCAAAAAGAUCCCACCUGUUGUCAACAACAUGAAGAUCAAGAUUAAUGCACAAACAGCAGAAAAUGAAGAGUGGAUCAGUACAGGUCUGUACCUCCCUCCUGGCAUGAAGACCUGGAUGACCAUACCACCAAAGCUUGUUAACAGGAAAUGGAUGAUCCAGAUUGGCUGUCAGAGUGAUACACUGAAUGAGGAAGAGUUGUUGAGAGCACCAGUUGUUAUUAAGAGUUUCCUUGUAACAUCAGAAAGGAUGCAGGUGUGGAACUUGUGGGGCGGACUCAUCUAUCUGGUGGCUCCCCCUGAUGUAAAGGUGGAGGAGGAAGAGGUGGAGGUGGAGGUGGCCAUGUCUGCUCCUUUUUACAAGACUGGUGUAACAAAAUCAGAUGCCUGGUACUACAUACGUGAAGCUCCUGCACCCUGGGCAGAGUUUGAGUUUGAGAACAUCAUCCUCACGGUACCGUCACAUGUUAUUCGAGAACUGGAGUUCCCUCUUGAAGUGGAAAAUCUCUGGAACGACAUCAUGAAAGGUGUUGCAGAUUUGGCUGCCAAACCGCAAAAGUUCAUUCAGAAAGAACGCAUUGUAGCUGAUGUGCAGAUUUCUGCAGGUUGGCUGCAUUCAGGCUACCCCAUCAUGAUGCAUUCUUCUGAAGCAGAAAUGCUUUUUGAUUUGAACAAGGCCAGGACCGAAGGUCUGUGGGGAGAACUUCAUGAACUGGGACACAACCAGCAGAGAAGCUGCUGGGAGUUUCCUCCUCACACCACAGAGGCCACAUGUAACCUGUGGUCAGUAUAUGUGAGUGAACAGGUGCUCGGAGUCAGCAGAGCAAAGGCUCAUGAAGCAUUGACCCCAGAAAGUCGGAGAUGCUCUAUAAACCAGUAUGUUCAGGGAGGCAGGAGACUCAGUGACUGGACUGUUUGGACUGCCCUGGAAACAUACCUGCAGCUCCAGGAAAGGUUUGACUGGAAUCCCUUUAAGAAGGUGUUUGCUGCAUACCACAAGAUGAGCAACUUUCCCACUGACAACACUGGAAAGAUGAAUCUGUACGCUGAGACUUUCUCUCAGACUGUGGGCAUGGAUCUGACUGGAUUCUUCAAAGCCUGGGGAUGGCCCAUUGAGGCAGCUACUGAGGAGAAACUGUCCGGCCUGCCUCCCUGGUUUGAUCACCCCAUGGUGCAGUAUUUAUAGAAGUCAUAUUGCAUCUGUGUCUGAGCUUUUAGUGACCUGAGUCUGUCAACAAAGACAUUUUUAUGUUCUUGUUACUGUGGCAGAAAUUAAAUGAUAGUGUGUGUGUCUUAAUCCAAAAGUGCCUUUUAUUACUGCUGAUAUGUUUUGUUUCAUGUGGUGUUUGAGACGAACAAUUUCAUCACGUUUUUGUGGGAAAAAUAAAUCAUGGGAAAAAGACUUCAGCUAAAGAAACAUUAUUGUUUAGCAGAAACAAAUAUCUUAAGUACUGCAGAAUUUCAUUUCUGUAAAGCAGUGGUUCCCAAUCUUAUCAGACUUGUGUACCCCCUGAGCCAGUUUGUCAUAC